UCCUCCACAGCUCUGCCUCGCUCAAGUUGGUAAAUAAGGACUGACCUCGUGGCGAGAGACAAUCUGGAUUAAACGCACAUACAGCAGCAGGACCUGCGACACAUGCUGCGCUCGUAUUACUGCUGCUAACGAUGCAUAUCGCCUGCUGUAGCUUCACAAAGUAAAGUAGUUGUUUUCGACACCCAGUCCCACCUGACCUCAGCUGCUGUUCAUCAUGGCUGGUGAUAUGGCGCUGGUGAUGCGAGGCCUGGCCAAGUUGAGCCAGGCUGUCAUUGAAACACAGACAAAUGCCUUGCGCAGUGGAACAGGUGUCAGUGCUGCUGCCCAAAGCCUACAGUCAGCUGCAGAGCAAGGCAUAUCUGCCGCGAUGAUGAAAGUCCAGGAACUCUCCGGCCAUCAGCAGAGCUCAACAACAGAUUCUGAAUUUGACUUCCCUGAGGAGGAUGGGUUCCCCUCUGCAGAUUUCAAAGAGGAAGACUUCGCAUCUCAUCAUGAAGGUGCUGAUGAGAUGACCUAUGGGGGCCCGAUGGCAGGAGCUGGGGCUAAACAGUCGUUGUUUGAGGGGUACAAAGAUCCCAGUAAACAGUUCAGUGGGCCGACCAGAUCCUACCACUUGGAUAGCAGAUGCUUUGUGGGACAUCAUCUGUACAACAACAGUCUCAACCGGCACAUGUGGAAUCAACAGAGAUGCUACCAUCAGGACCCGUCGACUGUUGGAGGACUCACAGCAGAGGACAUAGACAAAGCCAGGCAGACGAAGAGAGCUGAAAACAAACCACACAAACAAAUGCUGAGCGAGAGAGCCAGAGAGAGGAAAGUACCCGUGACUCGCCUCAGCAGACUUGCCAACUUCGGAGGUCUGGCUGUUGGUUUGGGCAUCGGAGCGCUGGCGGAGGUUGCUAAGAAGACUAUAAGACAUAAUGGUGCGGCAGGUGAGAACAAGAAGGCUGUCCUGGACUCGAGCCCUUUUCUCUCCGAAGCAAAUGCCGAACGAAUCGUCAGGACUCUAUGCAAAGUGAGAGGAGCAGCGUUAAAACUGGGGCAGAUGCUCAGCAUUCAAGAUGACGCCUUCAUCAACCCUCAACUCGCCAAGAUUUUUGAGCGAGUCAGACAGAGCGCAGACUUCAUGCCUAUUAAACAGAUGACGAAAGCUCUGAACAGCGACCUGGGUCCUAACUGGAGGGACAAACUCGACUCUUUUGAAGAGCGUCCGUUCGCGGCCGCGUCCAUCGGCCAAGUUCACCUGGCCAGGAUGAAGGACGGCAGAGAGGUGGCCAUGAAAAUACAGUAUCCCGGUGUGGCUCAGAGCAUCAACAGUGAUGUCAACAAUCUGAUGACGGUGCUGAACAUGAGCAACGCUUUGCCCGAAGGUCUGUUCCCCGAGCAUCUGAUCGAGGUGAUGAGAAGAGAGUUGGCUCUGGAGUGCGACUAUAUCCGAGAAGCCCAGUGUGCCAAGAAAUUCAGAGAGCUUCUGAAGGACGACUCGUUCUUCUACGUGCCAGAGGUCAUCGAGGAGCUAAGCAGUAAAAGUGUUCUGACCACUGAGCUAGUGCCAGGGUUUCCUCUGGACCAGGCGGAGGAGCUGUCGCAGAACCUGAAGGAUGAGAUCUGUCAGAACAUUCUGGUUCUGUGCCUCCGAGAACUGUUUGAGUUCAGGUACAUGCAGACCGACCCAAACUGGUCCAACUUCUUCUACGACCCGCAGACCCACAGGGUGGCGCUGUUGGAUUUCGGAGCCACCAGAGGAUUCGAUCUGAGCUUCACAGACGUCUACGUUGAGAUCAUUCGCUCGGCUGCAGAGGGCGACAGAGAGGGAGUCCUGAAGAAAUCCAUUGAGAUGAAAUUCCUAACUGGAUACGAGUCCAAGGCCAUGGUGAAUGCCCACGUGGACGCAGUGAUGAUCCUCGGUGAGGCCUUUGCCUCCACGGAGGCCUUCGACUUUGGCGCCCAGUCCACUACUGAGAGAAUCCACAACCUCAUCCCAGUGAUGCUCAAACACCGCCUCACUCCUCCUCCUGAGGAGACGUACUCGCUGCACAGAAAGAUGGGAGGCUCCUUCCUCAUUUGCUCCAAACUGGGCGCCAAACUUUCCUGCAAAGACAUGUUCCAAAAAGCUUACAAGAACUACUGGGAAGGGCGCACGCCCCCCUCCAAAUCAGCUUGACUCUAGUGCUGAUGGACUCGUCCUGGGGCCAACUGUGAGGUGCCUGUCCAUGGUGAUGUUGAGGAGCGACUGGUCUCUGCCGUCCCACAGGAGGCGCGCUUGAGAGCCUCUUGUACUGCCGCUGUUUUAGUUUUACGGAGAACCAACAGCCUUUCAUGGCCUGAAGCCAGAUCCAGUUGUGGGCCCGACAGACUGAACUGAGAGAAACGGCCUGUAUCGAAUGUAAAAAGGAAGCGGGUGCCUGAUGCUUUCAAGGCGACUGCUGCUUGUGUGUUUGUUUGCUUUGCUGUGUUACAUAAUCACACUGCCACCAAAAUGGUGAUCUUACAGCAUUCAUUUGGUGAAGCGUCCGUCGCUCGUGUUUCAGUUUCCAGAGAGGAGGAUCAGACUGUGCGAUUUUUGUGAGCGGAAUUGUGAUUUAAAGCAACAAGCAUCGAUAUCAAUCAUGUUUAAAUGAACCUCAGGGUGAAGCAGGGUUUUACUGUCACAUCAGACUGUUGAUCUGUGAUUCUUUUGAUAUGAAAGAUGUGUUUUAACCACUGAUCAGUAUAUGAAAUAAAUUUCCACUUGAUUAGA